ACAAAAAGAAAGGCGGAGGAUAGAAGAAGAAGAGAGAAGAGAAGAAGAAAGGAGAAGAGAAGAAGAGAUACGUAGAAAAGAAGAGAUUAAGCGAGAGGAAGAGAGAAGGAAAGCAGAAGAAAGAAGACAAAAGGAAGAAAAGAGAAGAAAAGAAGAAGAUAUGAGAAAAGAGGAAGAGAGGAGAAGACAAGAGGAAGAAAGAAGGCUGCAAGAGAAAAAAAGAAGUGAGGAACAGAGAUUACAAGAAGAGAAAAGAAAGGAGGAACAAAUACGUUUAGAAGAACAGAGGAAAACAGAAGAACAAAAACGAAUAGAAGCACAAAAGAUGUUAGAGGAAAAGUUAAGACAACAAGAACAAAUCAGAUUAAAAGAAGAGAUGAAACAAGAAGAAAGUAGAAAAAUGCAGAAGCGUAGAAGAGCGCAAGAACAGGAAGAAGACGAGCUGCAAUUAUUACAAGAGCAAGUUGAAGAACAGCGACUGAAGGAGCUGAAGAAGAGCGAAGAGGAAGUGGAGGAGCAGCAGCGCCUAGAGGAGAUGAAGCGUCAAGAAGAGGAGAGGAUGAGGCAAGAGGCAGAAGCCUAUGAAAACUACCGCCGGCAUCUGGAGGAGAAGAAGCGCGCGCAUCUCUACGACUCGGACGACUACGCCUCUGAGUGGGACAGUGUUCCCGAGGAUGAGGACGACUCGCCGCAUCAGGAGGAAAAGUUUGCCGAGCUUCGUGCUCAGAGCGAAGAGGAGCUCUACGAAGCGCAGGAAAAGUCCAUUCGCAAUUUAGAGCGCCAAAUCCGAAAGCAAAACGAGCGCGAGCAGCGACGACGUUCAUCAGAGAGGACCAGCAUGGAUGACCAGCUGAUCAUUCAGCAAACAUCGUUAUUGCAGCAGGAACCGUCUGUCAGACCGAAGCAGCAGUGCCAGCCGCAGCGGGCGCACUCGGCCAGCACUGGAGACCUAAGAGGCACCAAAACGUUGCCGGUUACAAAGUUUAGCCCCGAUCCAAUGGAGUUUGGCUUCCGUCCCAUUGAAAAACCUCACGGAAAGCUGUCCAAGUCAACCGGAAACCUGAGUAGUGGCCCUUCUGCAGCAGCGGCGGCAGCUGUGGCUGGGGCGGAGGCCGGGGCAGGGGCGGGCGUCGAGGCCCUGACGGAGGCUACCAUGGAGAAGGGCGCCGGCUGGUCUGUGCCUCACUCUUUGUCUACCAGCCUCGGGGACCUCCAACAGGUAUCGUCCAAGCCGCCGCUGCCAGCCGCCAAGACCAAGGUCAGACUCCGUCACGCUACCAGCGAAGAGACGCUCACACGCUCCAACAAUCCCAGGUCUCUCGCUAUGGAGGAGGUGGCUGGCUAUGCCUCGGACGGCGACUUGCCCUCGGAGGACCCCCGGAGGUACACCUACGCUGAAGGAGAGGCCGAGUAUUUCCAAGAUGAUCCCAGCGACUAUGAAGCCGUCGACUACAACCGUCUCUUGAGCGAGUACUACGCCGCCUACUACGAGGCCUACUACCAGAGCUACUACAGGCGCCAGCAACACGAGCUGAAGGGCGGGAAUAUGAAUGCAGGCGGCCCUCCACCACCACCACCUCCACCACCCAUCCCUGGUAUCAUACCUUCCUCUCGACUCCCGUCUGAGAUUCCUGCACGCGUUCCAGUCAUGAAUCCCCCGGCAGCUCUGGCGGGCGCUAUGAUGAAAGAGAAGAAGCCCUUCACCUACACCCCCGGAGGCCUAGACCUCUCUGAGAUCAAGUCGCCAAGGAUGCAGAGGCGCCUCUACAGGAAUGCUCAUUUAGAAGGUGUGCGGCCGUCUCCUCUAGCCCAGCAGCCUUCACCAGGCCCAAUAAACCCAACAGUGGCAGCGCAAUCAACUCCCCAGGGUCGGGCCGUCCAGGUAUUGCCUAUGCCUGGCAUGGCCAUGGGACCUCAGCCACAGCUACAGUCACAGCCGAAGGAACCACCUAAACCCAAAAGAAAUGUCUGUGGACCUGCACCUCCACCACCACCUUUUGUUAUAUCAGAGAAUUCUUUCAACAUGCCAUCUACAGUCACACCAUCGCCUGUAAUUAGCCCCUCACCCAUAUCUCCCCUUGCACCCGAGCCAAAGCUGGCCACGGAGCCUGGUCCUUCUAUACCAGUGGCCCCGCCAUUACCAACACAGGGUCCUGCAGCAAGACAAUGUUCUCUUAUCUCAUCCUCAUCACCCUUUUCUCUUCAAAUGAAUGCUGCGCCAUGUGAGCCUACACCACCGCCUAUCCCUCCUCCUGAAGCUGUUCGAGUACCUGUCACUCCUCCUAUUGCUCCUGUCACUUCACCUACUGCACUUGUAACGCAGCCUAUUUCACCAAUGUUUGCACCCAACAUGCAGAAAGUAGGCUCACUCACUCCGGUCUCAGUCAAGGAGCCUGUGAUACAGCUUCCUCGUCCAGUCACAUAUCCACCGAAAGAACAAGAUCGAUCACCAGAUUCAGUCAUUUCUCCACAGCCCUCUGUGGAAGAGUUCUCAUCUUCAGUAACAAACGAUUUUCCAGUUUCCGACGAGGAAGCCUUUGCUUCGCUUGAAGCAUCAGAGUCGCCACAAAUGACAGACAUAGAUAUCCAACAAAAAGAAAGCAUUUUAAAACAGAAUAAACCCCUUGUUACUGAACAAAAACCAGCCACGCAGACCCUUCUAGAGGAACCCUUACCAGUGCAAGGAUUGCCUGCUGCUGAACCAUCAUCAAUACAGCCAAGUCAUACUAGAUGUUCACCACCUAUUCGAUCUCCUAUUGAGGAACCUUCGCCAGUACAACGGGCCCCCAUUAAAGAACCUCCACCAGUUCAACAGGCCCCCAUCAAAGAACCUCCUCCAGUUCGACAGGCCCCCAUCAAAGAACCUCCUCCAGUUCGACAGGCCCCCAUCAAAGAACCUCCUCCAGUUCGACAGGCCCCCAUCAAAGAACCUCCUCCAGUUCGACAGGCCCCCAUCAAAGAACCUCCUCCAGUUCGACAGGCCCCCAUCAAAGAACCUCCUCCAGUUCGACAGGCCCCCAUCAAAGAACCUUCACCAGUUCGACAGGCCCCCAUCAAAGAACCUUCACCAGUUCGACAGGCCUCCAUCAAAGAACCUUCACCAGUUCGACAGGCCCCCAUCAAAGAACCUUCACCAGUUCGACAGGCUCCCGUCAAAGAACUCUCACCAAUUCGACAGGCUCCCGUCAAAGAACCCUCACCAAUUCGACAGGCUCCCGUCAAAGAACCCUCACCAAUUCGACAGGCUCCCGUCAAAGAACCCUCACCAGUUCGACAGGCCCCCGUCAAAGAACCUUCGCCAGUUAGACAGGCCCCCGUCAAAGAACCUUCGCCAGUUAGACAAGCCCCUAUCAAAGAACCUUCGCCAGUUAAACAGGUGGCGAUGAAGGAACCCUCGCCAAUUAAACAGGUGCCCAUAAAGGAACCUUCACCAAUUAAACAGGUACCCAUAAAUGAGCCACCACCAAUUAAACAGGUGCCUGCAAAGGAGCCAUUGCCAAUUAAACAGGUGCCUGCAAUGGGGGUUUCACUUGUUAAACAAGUACCUAUUAAGAAAGAACCCUCCUGUAAUAAACAAGGUUCCAAAACAGAAUUCAUACAUGCUCAACAAUUUCCUGUACAGGAAUCUUCACCAACUCAAUUAGGGCCAGCUAAAGAGCCUUCCUCAGUAAGAUAUGUUCCUGUAAAUCAUGCUGCCCCUUCACGACAUACCAUUUUUCCUGAGGUAUCCCCAACAGAAGAGCCCCCUGAUGUAUACUCCCCGCCUCCUGUGAAUACAAUGCCAAUUAAUGAACCAAUGCCAGUGCAACAGACGUGGAUAAAGGAAACCUCUCCAGUUAGACAAAACUCUUUACCAUAUCCUCAGCUUAAUGCACAGCCUUCUCGCCUAACAGAACAGCAGCCUCUGCAUGCGAAACAUCUAACAUCUCCUAGACCAAAUUCAAUCAAUCAAAAUCCAGAUCAAGUUACAACUACAGUACCAACAUCUUCUCAACAAUUUGCUCCAAUAAAUGUGUCCAGUGAACAAGGGCCUUCUGCAGGACAAAUCUUCAAACAGCAGCCUAGUCCAAGGAGACAGACUUCUCUUACAGAACCUCGACGAGUUACAGAAAUUCCUAUCACACAGAUACCCAAGCAACAAUCCAUGCCCCUAAGGCAGACUUCUCUACAAGACUCUAUUCUCACAAAGCCAAAAUCUGUGAUAGCAAAUAAUAAACCUACAACACGAAACAUACCAGUACAUAUGGAAUCGCCCCCAUCCAGUCCUGUAGCUAAUACAGCCUCAGCUAAUGCUAGAGGGAUCCGAAUAGUACGCCAAGCAUCAUUGCCUAAUAAACCGUCAUCACCACAAGUGUCGUCACCGGAUGCUCAACUGGGGUCUAUUUAUGUUCCACCCAUCAGUAGUGACACUGAUAGCACUUCACCAAUGUCACCCUCAAGUGACAGGAGUCCAAGAGUGAGCCCUACCACAGGCCUCCACCGAGGUCCUUUGCCUUGGAUGUGUGCCCAGAGACACACACCAUCGCCACCCCCAUCAUUUGUUACUCAUGCUCAACAAGCACAGCAAAGACUUCAACUGCAUCAGCAAAAUAGAUUUUUGAGACAGAGGUCAUUAGGACCUGAAUCCCCUCCUGUACAGGCCCUAGCUGAAGCUACAGCCUUGCCUCAGCCUGAAGUUUAUCAACAUCCAGGUUUCCAAAGACAGCAAUCAUUACCACCACCUCAGCGACCUCUGGAGCAGCAGCAGCAGUCACACCCACAGCCUAUAAGAACCCAACAGUCACAGCCAAACCCACAAUCUAUAAGAACUGAACAGUCUCAGCCACACCCACAGCCUAUAAGAACCCAACAGUCGCUGCCAAACCCACAGCCUAUAAGAACCCAACAGUCGCUGCCAAACUCACAGCCUAUAAGAACUCAACAGCCGUGGCGGCAGCCUCAACACCAGCAGACACAACAAUCUCGUAUAAUUCCUAUUCAAGUACAGCAACCACAACAAACUUGCACAAUUCCCAUCCAUGUACAGCAGACACAACAGAAGCAUCGUCCUAGAGAGCGCAUCAUUCCCAUCAUGAUUGAGCGGGAAUCCCCUCCAAAGAACAUGGCUCCACUUUCAACCACCUUGACCUCCUCACCAGUGGUAGCUGCUGCUGAUCCUUUCAUUCCCAUCAGCACAGACAUUACUGGCAACAGCAAUGCAAGAACCAGCUUCCAGCAGCCACAGGCCAGCUUCCAGCAGCCACAGGCCAGCUUCCAGCAGCCACAGGCCAGCUUCCAGCAGCCACAGGCCAGCUUCCAGCAGCCACAGGCCAGCUUCCAGCAGCCACAGGCCAGCUUCCAGCAGCCACAGAACAGCUUCCAGCAGCCACAGGCCAGCUUCCAGCAGCCACAGGCCAGCUUCCAGCAGCCACAGGCCAGCUUCCAGCAGCCACAGGCUAGCUUCCAGCAGCCACAGGCCAGCUUCCAGCAGCCACAAGCCAGCUUCCAGCAGCCACAUACAAACUUCCAACAAGUACAGCAGCAACAAUCCAACUUUCAACAACCACAACAGUGGCAGUCACAACAAUUUCAGCCAGUGCAAGAGCAACAAGCACAGCAGCAACAAGUCUGGAACUCCCCUGAAACAGCAAUAUCUCCACCACAGUUUCCUUCGGCUCCCUUGAUGGAGGGCCAAAGUGGUGCAUUCCACCCUUACAACUCUCAAGCUGAGCCAUACUCAAACAACAAUGCCCUCGAUGCACUCCAUCAGAUGCAACAGAGCCUUGCUCAGCUCAACUCAGGCCUACAGAACGCGUUCCCAAGAUUCAUUCAGAAAAAAAUGUCGGACUCAAUAACAGGCCGGACAGCCCCUAGCACUCAACAGAGACCACAGCAAAAUGGUAAUGCAGUAACAAUGGACCAACCGACAAGUGGGGCAGACAUGGGGGCUCCUGUCCAGUCCCGGUCAUUCAGGCUCCUGCAGAAUGUCCUUGAACAUCAAGAUGUUGCAGAUACUCCAUCUAAUGGCAUGCCAAUGAAAGUAGAGGUACCCCUUGGAGCACCAACUCAUACAUUACAGCACAGUAAUAGUCUCCAAGGAUCCGUCUCGCACACAAAUGGUGUGCAGAAAGCUUGCGUUUCUCAGCCAAAUACUACAUCAAGGGGCUGCAUGUCUCAACCAAGUGGAGGACACAGUAGUGCCCUCAUCAAUACUGCCAACUUCAAAAACAGACAGAUGGAAAUUACAAGUCAACAAAAUGGAGGAUUUAGGGUGAUUCCUAUCCAGCAAAGUGAAGAAGAAAUUAGGGUCAUACCUAAACAUACUGGAGGAUUUAAGGCCAACAUGCCUGACACAAAAGGGUUAUCAAAUAUUUUUAAAAAUCAAGUACGUGUAUCCACCGAUACUGAUGAAGCUCGGAGCAGGGGCGGCCACUUCCCUGGCAAGACUGUUAUUGUCACACACAAGAUUGAACCCCAGGGACCUGUCCACAUCCCGAACUUCAGACAACCACAGAAGCCUGGCCAGUACCAACAGCCUGGUCAGUACCAACAGCCUGGUCAGUACCAACAGCCUGGUCAAUACCAACAGCCUGGUCAGUACCAACAGCCUGGCUUAUACCAACAACCUGAUCACUCCCAUCAACCAGGCCAACACCAACAAUCAGGUGGUGUGAGAAGCACACUGGCUGCAGAUGAGUCUGUACCUGAACCCAAGAAAUAUAUGGGGGGCAGCAUCCCAUCUCGCUCCUUCAAAAUGUUGCAGGCCAUGACGAGCGCUGAUGAUGCCUCAGACGACGGAGAUCCUGCCAAUACAUCUGAGGCUACCAGCCCCCCUGAUGACGACAAACAGCAUGCAGCCAGUCAGAUACCUUCUCCCACCUGGAAAUCCACAGUUCAAAACUCCCCAACAUCACACUCACCUUCCACACUCCUGGGAACAAAUGACACUUCUUCUGACAGUGGAAUUUCUUCUUCUUCUAAGAUUUCUCCUACCUACACAACUACUAAAGACAGUAAAGUGUACAGACAUGUUUCUCCCAAAAUUACUCUCAAUGGCCCCAAAGAUGAACGUAUUGUUAACUCUGCUCUUAGCCAUACUAAGGAACCGUCUUCUCCAUUUUCUCAAUGCUCCUCACCAACUUUGAAAAAUACUCAGAAUCAAAGAUUCUUUUCUCCUGUUAAUCACACACUAUCAGGACCAAAAGAAAAUAGUGAAGACCACGAGUCAGAUCGUGAGAGUCCUCGACUCAUGAAAAUUAUAAGGCAAGAAUCAACCCCACAAAAUGACCCAAGUAUUAUAGAGAGGCGUUAUGAAGGGGGACACAUUCCCUCUCGAGUUUUUCGUCACUUACAAACAGAAUAUCCUGCAUCAUCAGAAUCCAACGAAUUGCAAGAGCCUAUGUCACAGCUAAUCUCUAAAAGUCCAUCUCCACGCUAUGAAGGAGGACCUAUUCCAUCCAGAGUUGUGAAAUCAUUGCAAAGUGAAAACAACACAAGCUUUGAUUCAGAUGCAUCAAGUUCAUGUACAGAGCUUGAUGAAUACUAUUGCAAUGGGAUGGCAAAGACAGCUGUAAACAAAGAGACUGUUCUUAAAGAGCUUACUUCCCAGUUUGAUCAUACAGGAAUAAGAAGAAAACCUAAGGCUGCUCCUGGAAAGGUAUUCCGUUACUUACAAGCUCAGUAUGAUUCUCCAGAAGACUUGCAAAAACAAGAGCUACAGCAUUCAAACAACACCCUAGAACCAGAAUCUGAUGAUGUUCAUGGCUUCGGUUACCGAGGAUCUAAAGUACCAUCACCUUCAUUUAGAUUUCUACAGAGUCAGUAUCAUGAGCAGCCUCAAGAUGAAGCAUUGAAUGAAGAAACUCCAACCCCUGAUGCCCCACAAUAUGAAGAAGAACCAACACCUUAUAGAGGCGCUCGUAUCCCUGGGCGUACCUUCAGGUCCCUGCAGGAUAAUGUUUCUGCUCACCCUUCAGUUUUCAAGCCAAGGAAAUGAGACUAAUAAUUAUGAAUAAUCUACUAUAGCAAGAUAAUUUUAUUUUUCGUAUAAUUUAUAUAGUCAUUACUUGAAUAUAUAGUUUUAUAUCUUUCUAUUUUAAGCAACCUUGUGUAAAAUUUGAUUGGCCAUGCAUGUUGUGCAUUGCAAACCUUCAUGCAACACUAUGAAUACAAAAUAUGUACAGAUGCAGAGUAACUACAGUAAAAACUAAUAUUCUGAGCAGAAUAAUCUCAUUUAUAGAAAACUGCUUGGAGUUCACAUUUUUAAAGUUUUCACUGGUAGUUGCUACUGCUCUUCUCCAACUUAACUAUUAGUAUUAUACCAUACACAUACAAAAAAUUUACAAAACACCCAACCCACAAAUCUAAAAAUAAAAGAAGCAUUAACAUUUCCAUCCGUCCUGGACCAUUAUCAAGUUGUGUAAUGGAAAGAGUGGUGCAGAAGAUAAAUUUAUAAGGUAGGAGAACAAGGUGAAAAGGCGAGACAAUUGAAGUACAGUACUGUACUCUAUAGGGGGUAGGUAAGAUGUAAAGGAAAAGUAAAGAUGUAUACUUCUACUUAUUCUCUUACUUCUACCCUAUGCCAAUACAUCUUACCUAAUUCUAUACAUCUAUUCUUAUGAUACAAGAAUAAUCACAAAAAAAUGUGUGAAUCUGUUAUGCAUAAGUACUGUAUCUACUUAGGAAAAUGAAACAAAAAUUCUGAAUAUUUUUGUGUUCAUUUACACAUUGAGGAAUACAGACAGAAGACUGAUGAUUGAUGAAGAUUAAGUCACCCAAGAUGUGGCACGGGCAUGAAUAGCCCGUAACAGACAGAAGACAUGGGUUUUGGAUUAUAUACCCCACUACACCCGAGUUGAUAAAGAUCCAUAAACAAAAUAUCGAAUAAUGAAAGUGAUGUGAAGGUGGGAUGAUUAAUUGGGUAUUCCCUAAUUCCAAGAACUAUGGGAAAACACAGUUAAUCAUCCCACCUUUAUGUCACUUCCAUUAUUCAAUAUUUUGUUUAUGAAUCUUUAUCAACCCGGGUGUAGUGGAGUAUAUAAUCUCAAUCCCAUGUCUUCAUUCUCUAUCUUCCUUAAUAAUGUGUUGAAACAAAAACGUUCCAAAUUUUUGUUUCAUUUUUCCUAAGUGGAUACUUACACAUCUAUUCCUAUGCAUCCCACCUACUCCUAUACAUCUUGCCUUUUCACCUCACUCUCCUAGCUUAUAAAUUGACUUUCUCCAUCACUUUUUAUUACACAACUUGAUAAUAAUCCGAGAUGGACUGAGAUAUUGUUGCUUCCUUUAUUUUCAGAUGUGUGCUGGGUGUAUAAUUUUCAACCACAUUGUGAUAUUGUCUACAAAUUUAUUCUCAAUAACCAUAUUCUAUAUCAAACAUGCAUUUGGUGUAAUGAAAAUAAUACCAGAUUCUGUUCCAUUCCAAAUUAUGGAUAAUGAAUGCAUUUUUUUUUAAAUUAGACCAAAAUAUGAUCAAUUUUAUGGAAAAGGUGCACUGUAUAGAUAUAGGCAUUAUUGUAUGGAUAACUACCAUUCACAUUAUCUAUUUCUUCAUCUAUAAAUGGCCCAGCACAUUCCCUCUGCUUUUUCUUUGCUAUGCAAUGCUAAAACAAGCUGUUGCUGAUAACAUGAGGUGCUCAUGCUUGCUCAACUUCAAAACUAUAAAAAUGAUCUGAUAUUUCACUUUGUACAUUUCAUGUAAUUCAUUUUAUGAAAUGGCCACAACUUAGUAUGGGAGUCUCCUCGACGAACUAUACAUUGUGUAACAUUUCCUUCACUCAUCUUAUGAGCCCUAUAUUAUGUAUCCAAGCAUAAGCCAAUUAUAUAUUUUUUGACUAUUGAAAUUGCUGAUUUUUCUGGAUCAUUGUUAGAAUACAAUACUGUAUUACAAAAAGAAAACUUAUCACAUUGUAUUACUGUAUUCAGAUUUGCAUUUUAUGGUAACUCUGUGAUCUUUAAAAAAAUAUUGAUUGGUCUGUUUGUUUUUCAUGCAAUUCCCAUUGUAUAUAUGAAAUGGAAGAACAGUUUUAUAUCACUAUACUAAGAUUUAUUUUCCAGCCUUAUUUUUCUACCAAAUUUAUUACCGUAAUUAUUUUUUUAUUUAAUUGUCAUGCAGUCUGUACUUAAGUUUACUAGUAAAGUGAUUAAAUGUUGACAAGAUUAUUUUCAUAAUGUUGAGCAUCAUAUGCAAAGCUGUAAUUAUCACAAAUUAUAUACUUAGUAUGUAUGGUAAUACAGUAUCUGCAUUUGUCAUUCCAUGGUUUCCAGUUAGAGAAAAUAUUUUGCAAAUUAUGUUUUAUGUUGCAGUGGUAUACACUUUUCUCAUACAAUAAUUUUCCUUCAUUGUUAUCCACAAUAUGCCGUGCUCAUUGUGCACAUUUCCAGUAUAAUGCACCCACCGCACACACACUUUUUCUAUGAACUCUCCAACUUUAGACAUGCACAUCCUAAACAUCACACUCCAGACUCUCAGCCCCCCAGUGUUGUCCACCAUUUGGCUUGCUUGUGGUGUUGAAGAUGCCUUGCUGUCACGGGACCGGGCCAGAGUGACCUGUAACAAGUACCCAGCAAAGAGCACUCAUAAAUGACUUUAAAGUUAAACAAAAUACUGCUAUAUUGGCUACACACUUUGAGUCCUCUAGCAAUUACUAUAUCAAUUUGUAUUGCUCCUUGUAACUUCAAUGUUUUGUUCAAAUGCUCAUAUCCAUAUUAGUUAUUGUAUCCUUCCAUUGAUAUUAUAUAAAUAUUUGCAGGUUUAUCUUUCUGCUGAGCAGACUAUAUCUAGUGAGAAUUGUCUUGGUAAUUACUGUUAGGUUAUUUGACUUAUUGACUGUGUAAGCUUCUGCAACUAAAUGAGCAUUGUGUAUCCCACAAUAUCAUGUGCCUUAAAAAAAAGAGUUAAUUUAAUUUACUGAAGCAUGUGAUAAUAUAUAGCCUUUUCCUAUGCCAGUAUAGUUUUAGUACAAUAAUUGUAUGCUUCCGUACCCAAAUUUUGAAGACUUGUGUAACGUGUAAAUUUAACAUUCUUGGGCCACGUCACAACUGAAAUUUUAAUUGAUUUGAAAAUCCUUUUUUCAUUGAUGUACAAGUGUACAUUCAUGAAAAAUAAAAACUUAUUCAUUAAAUGUUUGAACAUAUAUAAUCAGCUUAGAUUAUAAAUGUUUCAAAUACUGUACAUCAUAUAUUUGUACAAUGAAAAGGUAAUAUUAGUAGCCUAAUGCUGACCACGGCUUAUAAAUUAUAUAAUGUGUUAUAAGUAGCAGCAAGGCCAUGUUUAACAAAAGUGGAAUAAGUUUUAAAAAUGAUAAUUUACCAACAUUACAAAUAUAAAAGACAAGAGACAUUGAUGUUCUGCUUUCGAUUAUUAGAUAUAAGAUGCAUAACAUUUGAAAAAGAGCAGUAAUGCUGCCUAUACUCGCCGAGACGAGCACCACGCGCACACACGUGUUUGAUACACACGUGGCUGUGGCCAUACUAUUAGCACCACACAUGUGUUUGAUGCACAUGUGGCUGUGGUCAUACUAUUAGCACCACUCACAUGUUUGAUGCACACAUGGCUGUGGCCAUACUAUUAGCACCAUACACACACACAUGUGUUUGAUGCACAUGUGGCUGUGGCCAUACUAUUAGCACUACACACGUGUUUGAUGCACACAUGGCUGUGCCCAUACUAUUAGCACCACACACACACAUACAUGUGUUUGAUGCACAUGUGGCUGUGGCCAUACUAUUAGCACUACACACGUGUUUGAUGCACACGUGGCUGUGGCCAUACUAUUAGCACCACACACGUGUUUGAUGCACACAUGGCUGUGGCCAUACUAUUAGUCUCUGGAGCUCAGUAGCACCACAGUUCCUGCUAAUGUGAUCUGUUUGAAGAUAUAGUUUUAAGGUAUUGCAUAAUUUGUAUACAAAUGUCUUGUUUCUUCCUGCAGCUGAAGAUAUAUAUGUACUGUAUAAAGUAUUUGAAACUUAGUAUUAAGAAAUCAUUUUUAAAUACCUAUUGACUAGUGAUAAAUUGUCUUAAAAAUGAAUAAAGUAAACAUUGUCAAAAAUAUAUAAACAUAAUAUUUGUAUAUUGUAAUGUAUAAGAAAUGUAUAGAUUUUUCAUGCUCAUAAAAUUUUAUGUAAGUAAUACUAUCCAACUUGUAAUUGGAAUGUUCUUUUUUUUUCUUAACUUUACAGAUAUCGAUUAAUAAUAUCAUAUAACUAAGAAACCAGUUUUGUUUAUACAUAUACCUUUGUUUUUAUCUGGAAUGAAAUAAAAUAUUUAACAUUU